UUGGCGACCAGUUUCCAUAAAAUCAACAAGUCAACAAGUGUCUGCAUCUAAAAUGUUGAAAAUUAUUACAGUCUACGUCUUAGUUCUGUUAUCGUGCUUUUUUCAUUUUAACUAUGCACAGACACCUGUUGUUAUAUGGCAUGGAAUGGGUGACAGUUGUUGUAAUCCUUUGAGCAUGGGAUACAUUAAAACGCUGAUUGAGCAGAAAGUUCCUGGAGUUUAUGUCCGGUCUCUGGAAAUUGGAAGCAACGUGGCAGAGGACACAGAGAAUGGAUUUUUCUUGAAUGUCAACAAACAGCUUGAUAUGGUUUGCAAAAAACUGAAGAAUGACGUAAAACUUCAGAAAGGAUAUAAUGCUGUUGGUUUUUCUCAAGGAGGCCAGUUUCUUCGAGCUAUUGCACAGAAGUGUCCUUUUCCACCAAUGAUGAACCUUAUAUCUGUGGGAGGCCAACAUCAAGGUGUUUAUGGAUUCCCACGCUGCCCUGCCUCGUCCACCAUUUGUAAUUUUAUCCGUGAAAUGCUCAAUGAAGGAGCAUAUGUUGGCUUUGUUCAGAACAACUUGGUGCAGGCGGAAUACUGGCACGAUCCAAUGAAUGAAGCAGAGUACAGAGCUAAGAGCAUCUUCCUUGCCGAUAUCAACCAGGAAAGACCUACAAAGAACGCCACAUACAAGACGAACCUGUUGAAGUUGAAGAACAUGGUGCUGGUGAAGUUUGCACAGGACACUAUGGUUGUUCCUAAAGAAAGUGAGUGGUUUGGAUUUUACAAACCUGGACAGAGCCAGAUUCUGUACAACAUGACACAAAGUGAACUUUAUAUCAAGAAUUACAUUGGACUUCAAGAACUUUAUACCAGUGGGCGCAUCAAGUUUCUAACCAGCAAUUCUGAUCACCUGCGUUUUACAGAAGAGUGGUUCAUAGAAAACAUCAUCAAGCCAUAUCUGGCUCCUGCCUAAUCUAUCUGUGAUAAUUAAAAAUUGAUCUGUGUUGUAUUCAGCUGUUAAUUCUGAUUCUUUUUAUUCCUGGAAACCGACAACCUAGCACUUAACACUGUUGAAUAAACAUUUACUUUCAAUAUGCUUAAUUCUAACCAUGUAACUUAUUUUUUUCCACACAUACUGUGCUAAGAAUAAGCAUAUUAUAUUUAUGAGAUUUAUUAUGCUUUGUUUUUGUUGUGAAAUAGUAAUCUUACAUGUAUAUACCCAUGACAGAUGCAAUAUGAAUUUUACUAUGCUAACAUGUUAUGUCUGGCUUGGUGAUUAUGUGUUGCAUUUAUCAUCUGUUAAUUAGGAUGGAAGAUAAAUCCUUUCAUUAAU